UUAAAUUGAACCUAACAAUAUCGUUUUUUUUUUCGAGUUGCUAAGAGUCUUCCCGAGCGCGACUAGGUCCUAGCCGCCGCCGGCACUACUGCCGCCCCCCCGCCGCGUUGCGUCCAGCCGGCCGAAUCCUCCGCUGCGCCGACGCCGACGCCGGUACAGGAUCCCAGCAGCCCCUCCCUCCGUCGAGCAGCCGCUCCCACCAGCAGCGUGUCCCUCCCAUCAACGCCUUCGACCGGAGCUACGCCGGCUACCAAUCCAUAGGAAGGAACAGGAGGGAGGUGUCUCGUGGUGAUGGCCAAUAGCAAGUAUGAGUAUGUGAAGAGGGAGUUCGAGUUCCACCGCCACCUCCCGGCCUCCAACUGGAUCGUCGUCCGCAUUGAUGGCUGCCAUUUCCACCGAUUCUCGGAGUUGCAUGCCUUUGAGAAACCAAAUGAUGACAGAGCCUUACGAUUGAUGAACGCAUGUGCCACUUCUAUGCUCGAGAAAUUCCCUGACAUAGUGAUUGCUUAUGGUGUUAGCGACGAGUACAGUUUUGUUUUCAGAGAGAAAACCGAAUUCUAUAAAAGGCGGGAAAGCAAAAAUAUCUCUUUAUGUGUUUCUUACUUCACAAUCGUGUACGGGAUGAAGUGGAAAGAUUUCUUUCCUAAUAAUGAUUUGAAGGAGCCUCCAUAUUUUGAUGGGCGAGUUGUAUGCUAUCCAAAUAUAAAUACUAUUCGUGAUUAUUUGGCAUGGAGACAAGUGGACUGUCAUAUAAAUAAUCAGUACAAUACAUGCUUCUGGGCAUUGGUGAAGUCUGGAAAAACUGAAAAAGAGGCACAUCAAGCAUUGAAGGGAACAUCUUCUAAGGACAAGAACAAGUUGCUUUUGCAACAGUUUCAAGUCAACUAUAACGAUGAACCGGCUAUGUUUCGGAAAGGAUCCACUGUUUAUCGAGAUAAGGUCAAAACAGACGACUGUGGGAAUCCCAUAAAAAGAACCCGUGAGGCAAUUACAGUGUCAAAUUUUGAUCUCAUAGGUCCUGAGUUUUGGGAAAACCAUCAAUACAUUCUUGGAGAAGCAUCAGACUACCUGUGUCUUGGGGGGAAAGAAAAAUAUGGAUAUGAGUAUGUGAAGAAGUUCGACAAUAUCCAUAGGCUUCCAUAUUCUAAUUGGACCAUUGUUCGUAUUAGCGCCUGCCAAUUUGAUCAAUUCUCACUGAUCCAUUCAUUUGACAAACCAAAUGAUGAGACUGCUUUGAGAUUGAUGAACGCUUGUGCUUCACUGAUGAUGGAGCAAUUUCCUGAUAUUAUCUUUGGCUAUGGUUUUGACAAUGAGUACAGCUUUGUGUUCCAGGAGAAGACUGAAUUGUAUCAGAGAGAUGAGAGAUUAAUCAUUUCUUCAUGUUCAUCAUGUUUCACUUCCUUUUACAUGAUGAAGUGGAAAGAAUAUUUCCCCAGUAAAGAGCUAGUGCAGCCACCACACUUCCAAGUAGAAGUUUCCUGUUACCCAGAACCAAGGAUUGUUUGUGAUUAUUUGUCCCGGAGGCAAUCAGAAUGCCACAACAGAAAUCAAUACACUACAUGCUUUUGGAUGUUGGUGAAAUCUGGAGAAGGCGAAAACAAAGCUAAGGAGAUACUGAAGGACACAUUACCAAAGGACAAGAAUGAGUUACUUUUUCAGCGAUUUCAAAUGAACUACAACAAUGAACCGGCUAUGUUUCGAAAGGGUUCGUGUGCUUACCGUCAAAAGGUGGAAGCCAGUGAAGAUGAGCGGUGGGAUGUGGCGGUGGCCCACGUAGACAUGGGGCCACACUUUUGGGCAAAGCAUUCUUAUGUUUUCGACAGAAGAUGAUCCUUAUGUAUUCUAGUAGGCUGAUUUGCUUAGUGUGUGCCAGAUUAUCCUUCCGUGUUUCUCUGAUGCAUACUUAUAUGGUUGCUGUCACGACUGUCACGGCUACCUCACCGGCCACGACGAUCCCACUGGCCAGCGAGGCAACCGAGCCACGACCGGACGGAGCUGACGGAGUCAAGACGAGUGGAAAAGGGGAGGCCAGUGGGCCCGCGUAGUCAGGACGCGUUGCGUGUGUGGCCUGCGUGCCGCGGGUAUUACUAGGCGUGGCUGAGAGAGUGGGUAUCGAGAAUUAUUGUAUCAACAUUGAUUAAGAGAAGCUGAUCUUCUCCUCC